UCAUAUUUCUUUCUAAACUAAACUAACGUCUCACUUUAGAAUGGUGGGCUGGUGGUUGUUUGGAAUAUUAUUCUUGCCCCAGCUGGAAUAUCAAAGUUUGGAGUGUAUGAGGUUGUCAGUGAGAUAAGAUAAGAUAAAGGAUCUCAUAUUAUUAUGACAUCACCAAGUAUCGUAUAACAGUGAUGCCCAACCCCAGGUCCAUGGACUGGCACCAGUCCGAGGGUCAUUUGGUAUAAGGCUGCAGUGAUAAAAAUAAUACUUUAUUCUAUGUAAAAAGAAUCUGGUAAAUUCUCAAAAUAAAAACAUCUUUCAGAUUUUAAUUCUAAAAAAAAAAGGUUUAUUUUGAAAGUUCACCGAUCCUUAACGAUUCUUUAAUGAUCAGUGACUGGCUGGUACUGGUCGACUAGUCCUUGGUGCCGCUGGUUUAGACCAUUCACAACAAUACUUGAUGAGGUCUCCAUGUGAAUUAUUGAAAAAUGAUUUUAAUCUUAACAAUUAGACUCUACAUUUGAACAUGUUCUUAGCUGGUAAACAAUGAAAACAAAUCCACUGGUCCAGGCUUUACCAUGUGACGUGAGUUUAUGACAGGAUUUCUACUCCAUGUUGCUGAUUAGUUUUUCCAACUCCAGUGUUAUAAUCAAUGACCAGCAAUCAAGCGAUAAACUGUUUGUAAACUACUGGGUGUGUUGAUGACUCACCACGAUAAAUACAGGAGCAUGUGGGCUCUAUAAACAUAAACCUGGCUCUGCUCAUAUGUGACUCAGGUCCACAUGGUUUUGUGUGUAUGUUGAUUAAAAGCAAUUUAUUUUACACACACACACACACACACCACGUGUUGGUCCACACUCCAGGGCUCUGUAGGAGAGGCAGUUCACAGGUCAGGCUCUAAGGCAGUAUAACUGCACAUGUUGUGCCUGACACCGUAUAAACAUAUCAGCGAAUGGUGGCAUGCCAGAAGAGAUGAAGCCUGAAAGUGUGUUGCUGCACGAUUUGGACUCAGCCGCUGAGACAGACAUGCUGUGUAUCUUCGGCACUGGGGACCUUGGACGCUCUCUGGGCCUGCGUCUGCUCCAGUCCGGCUACAGGGUUGUUUACGGUAGCCGCAGACCUCACAGCUGUGGCCCUCUGCCUCCGGGAGCUCAGGUGAUGAACCAUGUGGCAGCAGCUCGGUCCAGCAGCCUGAUCUUUAUUUGUGUUCACAGAGAACACUAUGGAUUCCUGGAGACAUUGGCACCGCAUCUGGAGGAAAAGGUGCUGGUGGAUCUCAGUAACAAUCUGAAGAAGGACGUGUAUCCUGAAGCCAAUGCCACCUACUUGCAAAGACUUGUUCCCAAAGCUACUGUGGUGAAAGGCUUUAACACUCUGUCCGCAUGGGCCCUUCAGAAUGGACUUCUCGCAGGAAAACAGGUGUUUCUGUGUGGGAACAGUGCGGAGGCGAAGCGGGCAGCAGCAGAUGUGGCCACCAAGCUGGGACUUACAGUCCUGGAUAAAGGUUCUCUGUCUGCAGCCAGAGAAAUUGAGGACUUUCCCCUGCGGCUGUUCCCAGAGUGGAGGCUGCCUCUGUGUGUGGCCGUCGGCCUGACUGCCUUCUUCUUCUUCUACCUGCUCAUUAGAGAUGUCAUCUAUGCAUACGUGGAACAGGAGAAGGAUAUCUCCUACAGAAUUAUGAUAUCUCUGGCCAACAAGGUGUUUCCCAUCGUGUCACUCAUCAUGCUGUCUCUGUGUUACCUGCCCGGUGUCAUCGCUGCCUUCCUGCAGCUCUACAGAGGAACCAAAUACAAGCGCUUCCCUGAUUGGCUGGACCGCUGGAUGCUGUGCAGGAAGCAGAUGGGUCUGGUUGCACUGGGCUUCGCCUUCCUCCAUGCCAUCUAUACGUUCGUCAUUCCUAUUCGCUACUCUGUCAGACACAAACUCAUCUCACGUGUGGUGGACGAGAUGAAGGAAAACAAAACCACACCGUUUUACUUUGAUAACACAGAAGCGUGGGGCACAGACUCCUUCUAUGUGCUGGGAAUCACAGGUUUCUUUCUCUACGUCCUGCUCGCGUUGACAUCGCUGCCCUCCGUAGGAGGCUCUCUCAGCUGGAGAGAGUUCACCUUCAUCCAGUCCAAGCUGGGCCACCUCACCCUGUUCAUAUGUACUGCUCAUGGUUACGUGUACGGCUGGAACAAAUUUCUCAAGCUCUCCACCUACAAGUGGUACACUCCUCCUGGGUACAUGCUCUGCCUGAUUGUGCCGUCAGUGGUUCUGGUGCUAAAACUGCUACUCCUCCUUCCCUGUGUGGACCGCACCCUCACCCGCAUUCGACAAGGCUGGGAGAGGAACCAGUCGAAGGAAACCGUGGGUGACAACAAGGCCACAAACCUGUGAACUAGGGAUGCCAGUUCGUCAAGGUUAAAGUUUGAUGACUGACAUUUCUUUAUUCAACAGUUAGAGAGAGAACUGUUUAAAAUCAAACUAAUCUAAACGGCACUAAUAAAAUUUUCUUAAUUUGUG